UUACACAGAAUUCGUCGGUGUGUCUGUAUAAAAUUUAUUUAAACAAACCGCAAAUAUAUACAUACAUACAUAAAUGUGAAUUUAGCAAUUGUGCAAACCAAACCAAACAAACAAAACCAGUGUCAUACAUUCAAUUGAAAGUAAAGUGUCCAAUAAAGAUUCAUGUUUUGAGUGUCUACAAUCUGGAUAUAUCCAAUUUAAAGUAAAAUCGCCAAACGAUAGCGCAUGGAAAAUUUUUUUGUUUCAAAUACAGAAUUAUUUGUUUGAAUCCAUCAUCAUUGGCAUCAAGGCGUGUCACGAUUUUUUUAAUACGAUCAUUGUGUGUGUUUAUGAAUUUGAUUUUUGCCACUCAAAUAUAGUCCAAAUUAAUUAAAGUGUUGCUCUUUUGUGUUGACAAAAUUUAAAGUGACGUAUCUUUUCGGAAAAAAGUAGACGAAAACUAUAUAAAAAAUAAAAUAAAAUUUGCAUAUCAGGAAAAAUACCUGUGGCGUAAAUUUUUGAAAAACAUUGUGCAAAGCGUAUGCCAGUUUGCAUCAUUGCACCCUUCAAAGCGAUUUGAUUAUAUUGCUCACCCAGCGAUUUGCUUCUUGGAUACCAUUAUUAUUGUGCAAACGUAAGUUUGUUACGAUAUGCACAAGCGUGUAAGUCUUUUUGUCGAGGAGAAAGAAAACGUAGCGACCAUGAUGUCCUGCCCCCUUCCCAUGCCAUUACCAAUAUUGACUUCAACACUACACAGCGAUUUCUCACCGGUUCACAUUGGUGUUAAGCGAGGAAGCGACGAACUUUUAAGUCAAGCUGCAGUUAUGGCGCCCGCUUCUGACAAUAAUAAUCAGGAUUUAGCCACAAAGAAAGCCAAAUUGGAGCCAAGCACUGUUCUUGGCGGUGUUGGCAAACCGUCAAAAGUCAUCCACUUGCGCAACAUUCCAAUCGAGUCCAGCGAAUCAGAUGUCAUCUCAUUAGGUGUUCCAUUUGGUCGUGUUACAAACGUGCUCGUCUUGAAGGGUAAAAAUCAAGCUUUUCUCGAAAUGGCCGAUGAAAUAUCAGCGACAUCGAUGGUCUCAUGUUACACUGUUACACCGCCACAUAUGCGCGGCCGCAUGGUUUACGUACAAUACUCCAAUCAUCGUGAAUUGAAAACCGAUCAGAGUCACAAUAAUACUGCUGUCGCGUCCAGCGAUUACCGCAUUCAAUCACCAGCCUCUGGCUCACCGCUACCGCUGUGCAACACCGCCACCACGACCAAUGCCGAUGGCACAAUUGCUGUACUACAGAACAAUGCGAAUGCCAUCAAUACAAACUCCACAGCUGGCGGACCCAACACGGUGCUCCGUGUCAUUGUCGAAUCGCUGCUAUAUCCAGUGUCAUUGGAUAUUUUACAUCAAAUCUUUCAACGUUUCGGCAAAGUGCUGAAAAUUGUAACAUUUACAAAAAAUAAUUCAUUCCAGGCACUCAUCCAGUAUCCGGAUGCCCAUUCAGCUCAGCAUGCCAAAACCAUAUUAGAUGGCCAGAAUAUCUAUAACGGUUGCUGCACUCUGCGCAUCGACAACAGCAAAUUGACUGCUUUGAAUGUUAAAUACAACAAUGACAAAUCGCGCGACUUCACAAAUCCAUCAUUGCCACCGGGUGAGCCGGGUGCUGAUAUAAUGCCCACCGCUGGUGGUUUGGUAAAUGCAAAUGACUUGCUUCUGAUCGCGGCCCGUCAGCGGCCAUCCUUAACAGGUGAUAAAAUAGUUAAUGGACUUGGCGCACCCGGUGUAUUGCCGCCAUUUGCAUUGGGCAUUGGCACACCACUGGCCGGUGGCUACAAUAGUGGCAUACCGAAUUUAGGCGCCUUCGCGUUGGCCAACAGUGGUGCCCUACAAACGGCAACGCCCGCUUUGCGUGGAUUUUCCAAUGUGCUACUCGUGUCGAAUUUGAAUGAAGAGAUGGUCACGCCUGAUGCUCUAUUUACCCUCUUUGGUGUUUAUGGAGAUGUGCAACGUGUGAAAAUCUUAUACAACAAAAAGGAUUCAGCUCUCAUACAAAUGGCCGAACCACAACAAGCCUAUUUGGCUAUGAAUCACCUUGACAAAUUGCGCUUGUGGGGUAAGGCGAUACGUGUUAUGGCUAGUAAACAUCAAGCCGUGCAACUGCCGAAGGAAGGACAGCCGGACGCCGGACUCACACGCGACUACUCACAGAAUCCAUUGCAUCGAUUCAAAAAACCAGGCAGCAAGAAUUAUCAAAAUAUUUAUCCACCAUCGGCCACACUGCAUUUAAGUAACAUUCCAUCAUCGUGCACUGAGGAAGAUAUUAAGGAAGCAUUCACCUCUAACAACUUUGAAGUUAAAGCAUUCAAAUUUUUCCCUAAGGACCGCAAAAUGGCGCUGCUCCAGCUCUCAUCGGUGGAAGAAGCCGUUUUGGCGCUCAUCAAAAUGCACAAUCACCAGCUAUCCGAAUCGAAUCAUUUGCGUGUUAGUUUCUCCAAGUCGAACAUCUAAAUCAUUCAGCAUCCUUCUCUAACAAAUAUAACUACAACAAGCUGCUGCAAUACUGCAUAACAAAGUUGAACCGAACAGAUGAACUAUGGAAAUCAUCAAAAACAACACAACAAUAGAUACAAAUGUGAAGAAAGGAAAGAGCAUUCAGAAAAACCAAAUGAAUGCAGAAGCGCGUCAAAUACCACAAAAUGCAUAUGAUAUUUUUAAAAUUAAAAAGUUCAAAAA